AUGAACGAGGGCUCAGAUGAUGAGGUAGCUCCCGUCGACAUUGGGGAGGACACAACUGAACCGAGUCUCAGGGAGAACAUGUCAGAUAUUGCCGCCAAUAUCGAUUAUGUCGACUUUCUCGGUAUGAUGCCAUCUCAGUUGCCAGCUUUGAAUCGGCAGAUGCUAUCAAUGGACUACGAUUCCAAAAGCGAUUCUUCCCACAGCGAUCUCCCUGAUAUAGCAUCUGUUGAUGAUGGGCAAGAUGACACUGCAAAUAUUCUCAUCGAGGAUUUGCCAGAAAGCGCUACAAAUAUCGAUGUGGUCGAUUCCGCGAUUGCACAGCAAAUGAUGAAGCUGUCAGUGGAGGAAAGAGAAAAGGCGUAUAUGGAUUUACAUGGUGUGAAAAUUGGUCCGGUAGAGACUGAGGAAGCCAUCGAUGCUGGACUAGAUGCAUUGAAAGACGAGAUAAACAGGCUGCAGGACAAAGAUGCAUUCAAUCUUGCGUGGUCCAUGAACCCAGAAUAUCUCGAUUUAUUUGGUGAGGGCAAACUGGUGAUGGAAAUUGUGCAGGACGAUCUUGAUCGUGAAGCCAUGGAGGCAAUGUAUUGUGGACGAGGACAAUGGCUGGAUGUGAAGGAUCGGGCAGGAAGGCACGUCAUAGUUACUUUUUUUGAUGAUCAGUUCUCAACAAGGGCUUUGCUUCAGCGAGCAUAUUACAAUGCUAUGACUGGCAUUCGUACUGAAGACGCGCAGAUUCAUGGCUUUGUUGCUAUCAUAUACGCACUAGCUCCUCGUCUAUCAGCCCAACGAGACGUUGUAAAGCAUUUCAAUAUCACGAAGUUUGGCGAUGGGCUUCCAGCUCGAGUUGAAGCAAUACAUUUUUGCCAUUGUGACCAUAUUGCACAAGAGCUAUUUGCUGUUUCGAAGGCAGCCCUAGGUUCUUUCAUCAAGACUAGAACAAGAACUCACCAUGGAACUCACGAUGAGAUAAUGUCGAGUCUGACAGGAUUUGGUAUUGUCCCAGGAACUAUCCCAGUGGCAGAAGGUUGCAAAAUCACAAAUUUGGAAGCCUAUCAUCAACAAUUGGUGGAUUUGCGUACAGCAGAGCGGCGGACACAGCCAAAGAGACGCAAGAUUAGUGUUCCAUUUAAUGUUGACGUUCUUUUUGGUAAAGGAACCCCUUGUCAGAUUCAUCAAGGCAAUGUGCAGCUUCGUCGUCUAGUUUCUCAUCGGUACAAGAUGUAUGACAAAGCUGUUCAAAGAGGACAAAAGAAUAAAAUUGCCCAGGAAACUGUACAUACCGUGCAACAAAAUGCUGGGAUGUUUCUACGACCUGAGGGUGACUCAUGGGUUUGUGUUGAAGAUAAGGUAGCGAGGCAAAAAAUGAAUCAGGACUUACACGAGAGAGCGCUCGUUGAUAAUGGGGAGGGCACGUCAACGAGUCGUAGCGCAGGUAUGGCCGCAACUAUCGAAGAGAACAAUUUUUUCAGUAUGAUGUCAUCUCAGUUGCCAGCUUUGAACCGGCCAUUGCAUUCCGUGGACAACGAUCCUCCUAAUAUGAGACCUGUGGAUGAUGAGGAAGACACUGCAAAAAUCCUCAUCGAUAAGUUACCAGAAAGCGCGACAAAUAUCGAUGUGGUUGAUUCCUUGAUUGCCAAUCAAAUGAUGAAGCUAUCAGUGGAGGAAAGAGAAAAGGCGUACAUGGAUUUACAUGCUGUGAAAAGCGAUCUUAUAGAGACCAAGGAAGCCAUCAAUGCUGGACUAGACUCAUUGAACUACGAGAUAGAAAAAUUGCAGGACAAACAUGCUUACGAUCUUGCUUGGUCCAUGAACUCCAAAUAUGUGGAAAAUCCUUCCUUUCGUUUAGCCUUUCUAAGAGCAGAUUCGUUUGAUGCAAGAAAAGCAGCCCUUCGAAUUGCCCGACAUUUUCAAGUGAAGCUCGAUUUGUUUGGUGAGAACAAACUUGUAAUGGAAAUUGUACAGGACGACCUUGAUCGUGAAGCCAUGGAGGCAAUGUAUUGUGGACGAGGACAGUGGCUGGAUGCCAAGGACCGUGCAGGAAGGCGUAUAAUUGUUAUUUUUUUCGAUGAUCAGUUUUCAACAGAGGCAAUGCUUCAGCGAGCAUUUUACCUUGCUAUGACUAGCAUUCGCAAUGAAGACGCACAGAUUCAUGGCUUUGUUGGUGUCGUAUUCGCCCUCGCUCGACGUCCAUCGCAACGAGAUACAGGUACUGUCAAGCAUUUCAAUUUCACAAGAUCUGCUGAUGGACUUCCAGCUCGCUUUGAAUCAAUUCAUUUUUGCCAGUAUGGUGAGAUUGCACAAGAGCUAUUUGCUGUUUCGAAAUCAGCCAUGCCUGCAAAGAUCAAGACUAGAACGAGAACCCACCAUGGAACACAUGAUGAGAUAAUGUCGAGUCUGGCAGGAUUUGGUAUCGCACCAGGAAGCAUCCCGGUGGCAGAUGGUUGCAAAAUCACAAAUUUGGAAGCCCACCAUCAAUACUUGGUGGAUUUGCGUACAGCAGAGCGGUUGACACAGCCGAGGAGACAUAGGAUCAAUCUUCCAAGUAAAUUUGAUAUUCUUUUUGGAAAAGGAACGCCUUUUCAGAAGCAUCCAGGCAACGUACAGCUUCGAAGUUUAGUAACUGAACAGUAUAAGAUCUAUGAGAAAGCUGAGAAAGGAGAAAAGAGUCAAAUUUCUCAGGAAAUUGUGCGAGCCAUGCAACAAAGUGCAGGGUUAUUUCUACGGCCUGAUGGUGACGCAUGGGUUUGUGUUGAAGAUGACGUCGCCAGGCAGAAAGUUAGCGCCUUGUUCCGAUCAGUUCGCCUCAGAUUCGGGGAAAAAUGA